GAUCACACAGCGGCCCAACAAUACGCAGCCACGACUGUCACAACAACACAUUGGCUUCGGUCCCAUCGCCCCAACGCCCGCCCGCCGGGGGGUUUAUAGGGCAGUGUCUCCUCUCCCCCUUCCUCUUCCACGUUUCCAGCUUCGGUCCUCUCAUAGUACUUAGGGGUCUUGAGCUCCAGGGUGAUAGGAUACGGCCCCCUGUUCCUCUCCUCCUUUGGCGGCAGCCUCCCCUCCACGUUGUGCACUGACACCUUAUAUGUCACGGGAAGAAUGCAGUCUUCUAAGGUGUAUUCGUAGUUGAGGACAGAAUGGCCGCCUGACUCUUUUGUGCGGCUGAAGAGCGGCAGGUCGACGGCACGAUAAGUUGGUGGCUUCAUGCCAAAGACAGACAUCGAGACCAAUAGACCGAGAUACAUAUUCUGUUGAUGAUCAGUGCCACUUUCUGUGUACCUACCAUGUUGCGCGGACUUUCCAU